GACUCCAAGAUGGCAAUCGGAGCAGUCCCUGGACCAUACCUCUUUACUUGUGGGUUCAGACCCAAGAAUGAUUUACCAAAAAUUUGUUCGAAUCUGGAUACCUAACAUUUAUGCGGUCUGGAAACGUUUCCUUUUCACUUCCCGGUUUGCAAUGGAUACUGAAUUUUAUCUCCUACUAUGGCUUAAUGUAUUUAUUUUUCAAAAAAUAAAAAUCUAAAUGCGACUUGGAGACAAACCAAAUACUUGCCUUCACAAUGCAUUACUGGCAGGGUCGACAAGCAUGAUUUUCAGUGCAUAAUACAGAAGCUGAUAAAUUCCUUAUUUUUUUUAAGUUUCCCCCCUUAGGCAGGAUCCAUCUAAAUAAAGUAGUUUCCAUUCCCCUGCAGCUCAGCUCUCCCUUUCUUCCUAUCAUGUCCUGAGCCCAAAUGGGAGCUGAAUUUGCAGGCUGACGGGUGGUGGUGGUGGGGGGAAUACACAGCACAGAGGGUGCUGAUGUCAGAGCCAAGAGACAGUUCUGAUUGGAUCUAAUUAGACUUUGCUAUAGCAAAUAGACAGGCUCCCCGCAUGAUUGGCUUUAAAGUGGCUUGUGCCAAAUGACUAGAGAGGUGCAAAAAGUCCAGGCAGAGCAUUUGCAGCCCGGCUAAGGGAGAGAAGCAGUGAGAGCUGCUCCGGCAGCAGCGUGUACCUCCCCACACUUCUCACUAUAGGCAGAUUUCCCAAGCAUGCCAAAGAAGAUAAAAGGCACUUAACCCAUCUAAUAGAAAGUGACUGUGUGUGUAGCAGCAGCAGCACCCAAUCCUGCAGGAUAAAUUAGCAGCUACUGAGUGUGCAGCAGCAGGCAAAGAGAGAAGCACAUUAACACAGACACUUGGGUCGGUCAAUAUUCUCCACACUCUGGGCUCUUGUCUGUUCAACUGCGCAAAUGGCAUCAGUUCUGGCGAGCAGCAGGAAUUCUGGGUGCCCAAGUAGUCAACUCAAAUUCAAGUCCAAAAGAAGAAGGAGGAGAUCGAAGAGAAAAGAAAAAAUCAGCAUGCUGUCAACUUUGAUCGUACCUUUCAAAUAUAUAAGCCCUGGCGGAACAAGUGCGGAUGAUGAAGACAGUUUAAGUACAAGCAGCACAGAAGUAAAGGAGAACCGAAAUAUAGGAAACAGAGAUGAUCACGCUUUGUCAUCAAGUGACAGACCAAAGGUAGGACCACCUAGAAUGAAACGGAAAAGACCUUUGGAGGAAGGAAAUGGUGGGCAUUUCUGUAAGCUGCAAAUCAUCCUGAAGAAACUUUCAUGGUCCGUAACUCCCAAAAACGCCCUGGUCCAGCUCCAUGAGCUAAAACCAGAUUUACAGUAUAGAUUUGUUUCUCAGACUGGUCCUGUUCAUGCUCCAGUAUUUUCUGUAGCUGUGGAAGUAAAUGGACUUACUUUUGAGGGAACUGGGCCUACGAAAAAGAAAGCAAAGAUGAGAGCAGCUGAGCUGGCUUUAAAAUCCUUUGUACAGUUCCCAAAUGCUUGCCAGGCUCAUUUUGCAAUGGGAAACUGUAUGAGCCCAUCAACUGACUUUACAUCUGACCAGGCAGAUUUUCCAGACACGCUGUUCAAGGAAUUUGAACCAUCUACCCACAGAGAGCAUUUCUCAGGCUAUAGCCCAGUUAAUAAUGAACUGCUUUCUAGUGCAUAUCGGCAUGGGAGAUUAGUCUGCCAUACAUUGGAUUUAAUGGGCCAUGCUAAGCAAAACAAGCACAAGAUGGCAUCCCCAGCUGAGAGAGAGAAGAACCCAGUGGUGAUGCUAAAUGAACUGAGACCUGGGCUGAGGUAUGUCUGCCUUUCCGAGACUGUGGAGAAGCAGCAUAUCAAGCGUUUUGUGAUGGCGAUGAGAGUUGAUGGGAGGACAUUUGAAGGCUCAGGACGUAGCAAGAAACUGGCAAAGGCCCAAGCAGCCCAGAAUGCACUACAGGACCUUUUUAACAUUCGCCUGACCACUCACAUGCCUAACAGAAGUAAAUGUAACCAUUUGCCACAGGACUUUGCAGACUGUGUUUAUCAGCUGGUCAUACAGAAGUUCCAGGAACUGACAGAUCACUUUUCCUCUGUGUGCUCUCGCCACAAGGCUUUGGCUGCUAUUGUGAUGACUAGAGGUCUGGACCUAAGGCAAGCACAGGUAAUCGCCUUAUCCUCUGGCACCAAAUGCAUUAAUGGAGAGUACCUUAAUGACCAAGGGCUUGUGAUCAACGACUGCCAUGCAGAGAUCGUAGUACGAAGAGCCUUUCUUCACUUCCUUUACACACAGCUGGAGCUCCAUCUAAGCAAACAGAGAACAGACUGGGAACAUUCUAUUUUCAUUCGAUUAAAAGAGGGAGGCUACCGGCUGAGAGAAAAUAUCAUGUUCCAUUUGUACGUCAGCACAUCACCGUGUGGCGACGCCCGGCUGAACUCACCAUACGAAAUCACCUCUGAUCUGAAUCGGUUUAAACACAUAGUGAGAAAUUUUCGAGGACAUCUACGAACAAAGAUAGAGUCUGGAGAAGGAACCAUACCAGUUCGAUCCAGGGCAGCGGAACAAACAUGGGACGGAGUGUUAUCUGGAGAGCACCUUGUCACAAUGUCAUGCACGGACAAAAUAACACGGUGGAACAUUCUUGGAUUACAAGGUGCACUCCUCAGCCACUUUAUAGAUCCCAUCUACCUACACAGCAUCAUUGUUGGAAGCUUGCACCACACUGGUCACCUUUCAAGAGUAAUGAGCCACAGAUUAGAAGAUCUUGGUCAUUUACCAGCACCUUACCGGCACCAUCAUCCACUGCUCAGCGGGGUAAGCAAUGCUGAAACUCGCCAGCCAGGGAAAUCUCCCAACUUCAGCCUGAACUGGAUAGUGGGCAGCACCGAACCGGAAGUGAUCAAUGCAACAACAGGGAAAAAAAGCUGUGGCAGUUCAUCAAGGCUCUGCAAGCACACGUUGUACACCCGAUGGGCCAGACUUUAUGGGAAGCUGAGCACAAGGAUUUCGAGUCACAAGGAAACCCCGGCAGUGUAUUGUGAUGCCAAGCUGGCGCAUCCAGUCUACCAAUCGGUCAAGCAGCAAAUGUUUAAAGCCAUUCAGAGAUCAGGACUGGGCAUGUGGGUGAAAAAGCCCCCGGAACAGGAUCAGUUUCUAUUAACUCUGUAAAUCCUGGAAACGUGUAUAUAUAUAUAUUGUUCCCCCUCCACCGGAUUCUGCUGGACUGGCACAGUUUCUGUUCCUUCUGUGCAAAUUUUGUUAUUGAUAAACCUCAUUAGAUUAUUUUUUUAAUUCAGACAUGGAACAAAUGAUGUUUUGAUUGUUUGCUCCUUUGAGGGAGGCAGGAGGGAUAACAUACACAAACAGAGAAUUUCAAUAGUUUCCCUCUAGUAUACCUGUAGAUUAACUGUGCAUCAGAGCUGGGGAAUUCAGUGGAGCAAACAAACCGGUAUGCAGCUAAUAGCCCUAAAUUAAUGUAUUGGUUAGAAGUGGUCUGAAGUCUAUAAAGAGAGAGGGCCCUUAUAACUGGAUGUUGAUUGGAUGUUGAUGAAGGCUGGACCUUGAUUACUGACUAUUCGCAUGUAUCAGUGAUUCUUUUGGGCCUGUGUCACAUGGUGUCUUUUACUAAAGAAAGCUCAAUGGUCAGUCAGAUGGAGCUAACUUUGUUUUGACACAACAUGGUCCACCAAGCUAAUGAUCUCUUUCCGUGGAGUGGCAUGGUGAGACCUCUGAGCCAAAUGUCACAAUAAUUUUUGCUCCAUCUGUUGAUGCAGUGGUAGGUAUGACAAUAGGGAACCAGUGUAUGGGAUACAUUGGUAGAGCUUACCACUGCAUACGGUGGGCCCGGGUGCACAUGCCCCAGACUUUUAGCAAAGGGAGCAAACACCAGGAAACAGCAAAAGAGGCUGGCACAAGCCUGGACCACACCAAGUAGAGAAGUUUGAAUCAGAUGGUAAAAGUUAAAAAUGUUAUUAUUAUUAAGCUAUGACUAUUAUUAUUAUUAUUAUUAUUAUUAAGCUAUGACUAAGAGUCAUAGUCAGGCUUUCUCUUUUUAAUUAUGGAAAAUAAAAUGUAAAUUUUUAACUUUUACCAUCUGACUCCAACUUCUCUACUUGGUGUGGUCCAGACUUGUGCCGGCCUCUUUUGCUGUUUCCUGAUGCAGUGGUAGGGUAAGGUAAUGGGCAGAGAGAGAGCCUAUGGUUUGGGGAUAGUUGAAGGCCUAGGACAAUGUUUAACAGCAACUGAAGGGUCAUGCAUUGGGCCAUCAUAUUUUGCAUAUAAUCCUGAAGCCCCAUACAUCUGUUUGGCCCACCUAAGCUAAAGACAGCCCUGCCCAUGUGGCAUUGCCCUUACAGCACAGGAUAUUGCACCAAAAUGCCAUUUUAAUUUACUGUUUAGACUUAUUUAUUUAUUUUUUGUACAAACCUACUGUAUCCACCCCUUUUACCUGUAACAUUCUGCAAGAAGAUGCAUGUGGUUUGUGCCAGUAGUUAACUCGUUGAAUAAAAUAUAUAGAGGGGGUUUCUGCCAUAUAAGGUACUAUUACAUAGUUUUGGUCCCCAAGGAAACUUCCAACAUGCAGCAAGCAGAGCAAUGCUUUAGACUAGUAAAGGCAAACUCAACUCUCCUGCCCAAGGCACCCCUGGUGUGGCCGGCAGCUGGCUGUCAUGGAAGGCUUAGGGUUUCAGUUCAUGAGAGUUGACUGUGAUGUUGUUGUGUUUGAGAAUCCUUAUGUUUAUCAGCUUAUGGUAUUGAUUCAUGAUUAGAGGAGAGGAGAAUAGCAAUACAGCAGGUGAUUUGCAUCCCCAAACAGAGAUCAUAUACCUUUAAAAAACGCAUCUAAUGUUAUGCAUAUUUAUACCCUGAACAGUACAGGCAUGGGACCUAUUAUCCAGAAUGAGCUGGACCUGGGGUUUUCCGGAUAACGGAUCUUUCCGUAAUUUGGGUCUUCAUAACUUAAGUCCAC